UUGUUCCGGCAUACUUCCAAUCAUUUGUAUUUCAUCAGAGACUUCUGGCACUUACAGGUGCCCUCAAAGGAUUCAAGGAUAAGAUUCUUACAGUAUUGACAUGAACAAGGUUCCAGCGGAGGAUUCACUUGGUCCUGAAACAAGCUUGGAGGCAGACAGAUGAGAACCAUCAGAAACAGAGAUUUUUAUGAGACGUUCCCAAACCCACCCUGUUCUGGCUGACAGGGUGCCUUCAAGUCUUCUGACUCCAGGAUCACAAUUUUCCAAGUAUCCUCAUGGAGGCUGGGAUGCAGAUGGAAAAGGCCCUAGUGUCUGGGACACAUUCACCCAUCAGGGAGGAGACAGAGUUUUCAAGAACCAGACUGGCGAUGUAGCUUGUGGCAGCUACACUCUGUGGGAGGAAGAUUUGAAAUGUAUCAAACAGCUUGGAUUGACUCAUUACCGCUUCUCUCUUUCCUGGUCACGUCUGUUACCUGAUGGGACGACAGGUUUCAUCAACCAGAAAGGAAUUGACUAUUACAACAAGAUGAUUGAUGAUUUGUUAGCAAAUCGGAUUACACCCAUAGUGACUCUCUACCACUUUGAUUUGCCGCAGACAUUAGAAGACCAGGGAGGUUGGUUGUCAGACACAAUCAUUGAAUCUUUUGAUGAAUAUGCCCGGUUUUGCUUCAAGAUGUUUGGGGAUCGAGUCAAGCAGUGGAUCACCAUAAAUGAGCCUAAUAUGUUUGCCCUGCUGGCAUAUGAUUUGGGUGCAUUUCCUCCUGGUGUACCUCACCUGGGAACUGGAGGCUAUCAGGCAGCUCAUAAUUUGAUUAAGGCCCAUGCCAGAGCCUGGCACAGCUAUGAUUCCUUAUUCCGAAAAGAGCAGAAGGGUCUGGUGUCCCUAGCAUUGUUCUGUGGCUGGGUGGAACCGGCAGAUCCCAACUCAGUGUCUGACCAGGAAGCUGCUAAAAGAGCCUUGGCUUUCCACUUGGAUUUCUUUGCGAAACCCAUUUUUAUUGAUGGUGAUUACCCAGAAGUUGUCAAGUCCCAGAUCGCCUCCAUGAGUAAAAAGCAAGGCUAUCCAUCAUCAAGGCUUCCAGAAUUUACAGAAGAAGAGAAGACGAUGAUCAAAGGCACAGCUGAUUUUUUUGCCGUGCAGUAUUAUUCCAGUCGCCUAGUCAAGUACCGGGAGAACGAUAAAGGAGAACAGGGUGUUCUCCGGGAUGUGGAGAUGGACAUUUUCCCAGACCCAGCUUGGAUAAGUGUGGAUUGGGUCUAUGUGGUGCCGUGGGGAAUACGAAAACUACUGAAAUACAUUAAGGAUACGUAUAAUAACCCUGUAAUUUACAUCACCGAGAAUGGGUUUCCCCAGGGUGACCCCACAUCUCUUGAUGACACUCAACGCUGGGAGUUUUUCAGACAGACAUUUCAAGAACUGUUCAAAGCUAUCCAGCUUGAUAAAGUUAACCUUCAACUGUAUUGCGCUUGGUCUCUUCUGGACAACUUUGAGUGGAACCAGGGUUACAGCAUGCGGUUUGGUUUCUUCCACGUUGAUUUUGAAGACCCAGCUAGACCCAGAGUCCCUUACACGUCAGCCAAGGAGUAUGCCAAGGUCAUUAGAAACAAUGGCUUAGAGAGACAUCUAUAGAAGAGAUGGCUGGAUGGUAUCACCCGGAGAAGAGGCCUCGGUGAUUGCAAAGGAAUCUGCUUUGGGGAUCCCUCAGACAAUCUCAUAUUGCCUUUGUAACCCACAGGUCCUCUUUCCUCUCUGUGCAUUUGGAUCAAUGGGGCUUUUAGAAAAAGAGAAUAGAAAAACACUGAAAUUUUUAUAUUAAGAAAUCAGAAAGACUUAGAAACUUCUAUGUAAAUUCUUUAAAUUUUUAUAGAAAAAUUUAAUGCACAUAUAUUACUGAUUUGCAACUCUAAUAGCUGACCACUUAUUAUAAAAGUACUUGUUCUAUUUUUUUUUUUCGUUACAUAAGCUAUGGUUUUCUAUUAGGUCUAUAUUUUUCCUACUGUUUAAUCUAAUGUAAGAAAAUCAAAAUUAAAAGGUAGUCACAUCAUAUAGUUGUGUAUUCUACUCACCAAAGGGAUUAAUCGAUAACCUAUUUAAUAAAAUGGAUGUGUUGAUAUAUUUGGCAUAUAUUUUAUCUAUAUAGAAACAAGUACAUCUUUCUCUUGCCUGAUGAACUUUUGAAAAAUAAUAAAUCAGUCAAACAAAUUAGA